UCGCUCUUCAUUCACGAUGGAAUCUCUCAGUCUCAGACCAUCUCCUCUAUCUUGCUGCUACGCCGGAAUCUCUCCGAUCAUCUCCUCAGUCUUGCUGCCGCACCUGAAUUUCUCUGAUCAUUUAUCCGUCACGCGCUCUCUUUUACCGGUAAGCUCCUCGCGAUUUUCAUUUGUUCUCCGUUUUUGUGAUCUUUGCUUCUAUUUUAUACAGGAACGGAUUGAAUUUUCAUUUUUCAACUUGAAAAAUAGCUCUAAAUCGGCCAAUUUCACUCUCCUCCGAUCUCUCUUCUCCGCGCAGGAAUCUCCCCAAUUAUCUCCUCCGACUCACUACGGCACUGGAGUCUCGUCAAUCAUAUCCUCCUUAUUGCUCUGUCUUCUCCGGAUUCCCAUCCCAUGACAAGCUUUCGGGUGGCUAAGGUUUGGAACUUUGGAUUAUGUUCCGGUUGUUAUGGGGCAUCCGAGACAUGGCCGAGGUCGAUAGACAGAUGAGAAUCCUUUUUCUUGAUCAGCAUCGUAUGAGAUGUCAGUUGUUUUUCCCAAACGGUACUCCAGUAGAUGUUGACAUUGCUGGAUAUACGUUAGAUGAAGAUCUUCCAGUUGGAAUGGGGGAUCAGAGGAGAUCAGUCUAUGUCCAAGAUCAACAACAGAAGCAGAGGAUAGGAGAGAAAUUUAACUGGGGAUUGUUCAAACAAGCCACACCUUAUUUCUUCACAAACUUCCCAGAAGAAUGGUGUUAUGCAGAUAUGUGGGGAACUUUUUUGAAGUAUGGAAGAGUGUUUGACAUUUACUAUCCAAACAGGAAAAGCAGGAACGGAGGAAGGUUCGGCUUUGUAAGGUUCUUGGAUGUGAAGGACAAGAGGGAGCUGGAAAGACAACUGGACCAAAUCUGGGUAGGAGACCGAAAAUUGUGGGUAAACUACCCACGUUAUGAAAAUUCCCAGAAUCAGAAACAGGGAGGGGAUCUCAGAGUCAACCAAGGAGCACACCUAAGAUCGCAGAACAGAAGCUAUGCGGAAGUAGUAAAGGGUCAACUAGAAGAAAAGAAAGAAGAGAAGACAAGACCUCUGCUGCAGAACAAUCAUAGUUGGGCCGGGAAGAAUAGUAGCAGAGGAUCUCAUCUGGAUGGCACCAACGGUAACAGGAAAAUCUGGAAAGAAAAAGGAGUGGGAGAAAAUUGGUCCGGAAUAGAAUUCAACACCAACCCAAAAGAUGAAAAAUGGCUUGAAGGUUGCUAUGUGGGGAUUGCUCACUCUAUUGAAAUGGUCCGGAACUUACAGGAAAAAUUUUACAUGGAAGGAUAUUUUUGGUGCCGCCUCAGAGCAAUGGGAGGUAAAUUGGUGUUACUUGACAGCGAUGAUAAAGAAGAAUUGAAGGACUUGGUGGAGUUGGCUCCGGAGUGGCUUGCUCAAUGGUUCGAAAAUGUUAAACCGUGGACUCCAGACAUGGUCGCUACAGAGAGAUUCGCAUGGAUUAGAUGCCAAGGGGUUCCUCUCAACGCAUGGAAAUCAGAUUUCUUUGAAAAAAUGAGCUGGCCUUGGGGGAAAUUUAUUUGCUUGGACGACAGCACAAGCAAAAAAAGAAGGUUUGAUAUUGCGAGAUUCUUGAUCUCGACUCCGAGCAUGAAUUCCAUAUCAAUUACGAGACAAGUGAAAGUUAAUGGCUCUCUGUUCAACAUCAAAUUCUCGGAGGAAGAGUUCACAAAUAAUUUUUUCUCCUUGAAAGAAGACUUUAUGCCGAACUUCCAAAGUGAUUCUGAAGAGCCCGAAUCAUGGUCUGUUGACAGUGAAGAGGAAGAAGAAAUUCAGGAGGCUUUAGCAGAGGAAGAACAGCCAAACGAAGAAGACGGUGAAACAGCACCUGAAGAAAAUGACGUGGCGAGGCUCAACGGUCAAAUUAGGAAAAUAGAUGAACAGCAGAAUGAAAUGACGGCACAAGAGGGGAUUGAUAGCAGUGUCCAAAUUCAAAAUUUGAAUGAAGAUGAGGCAAGUUCAGGGCCAGAGAUGAUGACGCAAAUGCUUGGGAAAGAUGCAGAGGUAGAUGUGGCUGACGAAGUAAUAGAAACUCAAUUGGGCCAGUGCGAGCAGGUCAUUCCAAAGCAACAGAGGAAGCCCAUCAUGGUUGGCGAAAGCCCAGAUUAUGAGAUGUCUUCAAACACGGGCCAGCCGAACAUUAUAGCUCAAGAUCCAGCUAAUAACCCAAAACAUGGAAAAAGCAAUAUUACCUCCAGAACUAGUCAACUGAAGUCUGGAAGCAGCGAUGGUGAAGAAACAGAUCUAUUCUGGAAAGGGCAUGAGAUUGAUGAGGCUAGGCUGCAGAAAUGGAUGAAAGACGGAUCGGAGACAAAACCAAAGAAGAGAAAGAAGAAAAUCUGCUUGUGUAGCACGGUGUACAGAAAUUCAGCAGUCCCUGGUAGAAGAAGACAGAGGACGGGAGGAAGAGGAAAUACCAGCAAGAUGCAAACGGAAGGGAGAUCAGAACCAGUGUUUAUUGCAAGCCCAAAUGACGAAAUUGCAGAUGACUCAAUUGGGGAUAGUGGGAUCCAGAAUUGCAACAAAUUAUUGCAGAAACAAAUGAGAAAUCAACUCGCAAAGGAGAUCUGGGAGUUGGCAAAGCAAUUAGGGGUCACGGCUGAGAAUGAGGAAGAGACCAUGAGGCGGAUAGAAGAUAUGGAGAGAAGAGAUAAGCAAUCAAAGGCAAGCUCGGUGAUCCAAGAAGCGGGUGACGCUGAGAAGGUGUUGGAGGGAGAUAACUAUAUAGGGGUGUUUGGAUUAUGGGGAGAAGAUAAAACUCCCGUGAAUAUAGUCAAUGUUUACUCAUCCUGUUCUCUGGCGGGUAAAAGGGCACUGUGGGAGGAUUUAUUGAAUCUGAUUAAUAGCAGGAAAGGGAAUUGGUGUGUGGGGGGAGAUUUUAAUGCGGUUAGAAGUGUGGAGGAGAGAGCAGGAAGUAAUGGGGUAUCCAAAGAAAUGGAGGAAUUCGACAGGUUCAUCCAUGAUGCUGGAUUAGUGGAUCUGCCAUUGACAGGGAGGAAAUAUACCUGGUUCAACUCCAAUGGAUUACACAUGAGCAGGAUUGACAGAUUUUUAUUCUCGGAGGAAUGGCUUAUGAAUUGGGGUGACUUAAGGCAAUGGGGUUUAAAGAGAACAGUGUCUGACCACUGCCCCAUACUAAUUAAGGAAGAGAAGAUUGAUUGGGGGCCCAAACCAUUUAAGUUCUUCGAUGCUUGGCUGGAUCAGCCAGGGUGUGUGGAGAUGAUUCGAAAGGUGUGGAAUACUGCUGAGAUUAAGGGAUGGAAGGGAUAUAGGCUUAAAGAGAAACUAAAGAUAACAAAGAAAGCUCUAAAGGAAUGGAGUGGUAACUCUAUGCCAGAAAUAGAUAAAAAAAUAGAUGAAGCCGAGCUGGAGAUAGCUGCCCUGGAUAGCAAAGGUGAGAAUUCCCAUCUGUCGUCAGAGGAGGUGAAUAGAAGAAGACACUGCUUUCUUCAACUUUGGGAUAAUCUCAAAAUUAAAGAGAGCAUGUGGCAACAAAAAUCAAGAAAGAUGUGGCUUAAAGAAGGAGACGCCAACACCAAAUUUUUCCAUAGAUGUGUGAAGAUCAGAUGGAAAAAAAAUGAAAUUAAUAGUGUCCAGAUUAAGGGCAAAAGGUGUGUUGGAGUGACUGAAAUAAGAGAACAGGUUGCUCAGUAUUUUGAAGAGUUGUUUGCAGAAGAAAAAUGGCAAAGACCAAAACUUGACGGCAUUAACUUCAAAAAAAUCUCCGAGGAAGACAAUACCCUUCUAACAGCUCCGUUCAACGAAGAGGAAAUUAGGAGUGCAGUGUGGGAUUGUGACUCCUCAAAAUCACCUGGUCCAGAUGGGUUCAACUUUAAGUUCAUUAAGACCAUGUGGGAGGAUUUGAAAACAGAUAUAGUUGGGUUUAUCCAGGAAUUCCAUGAGCAGGGAAGACUGGUUAAAGGAUCAAACUCCUCAUUCAUUGUGCUGAUCCCAAAAGUAGAGAACCCUCAAAGAAUUGAAGAGUUCAGACCCAUUUCUCUAAUCGGAGUCAUGUACAAGAUUGUAGCAAAAUUGUUAGCAAACCGUCUUCGAAGAGUGCUGGGCAGGGUGAUUGGGGAACAGCAAAUGGCCUUCAUUGAAGGGAGGCAAUUGAUGGAUGGAGUUGUCAUAGCUAAUGAGGUAAUAGAUGAGGCGAAAAAGAAAAAGAUGAAAAGCUUUUUAUUCAAAGUAGAUUUCGAAAAAGCUUUUGACAAGGUGUGCUGGGAUUUCAUUGAUUACAUGCUGUCCAGAAUGGGUUUUAAUGUCAUGUGGAGGGGAUGGAUCCAAGAAUGCUUACGAUCAAGUAUGAUCUCAGUCCUUAUCAACGGAAGCCCGACAAGACAAUUUCCCGUAGGCAAAGGAAUAAGACAAGGUGACCCGCUAUCCCCUUUCUUGUUCCUAAUUGUGGCGGAAGGUCUUAAUGGCCUAAUGUCUACUGCGGUUGAGAAGGAGUUGUACAAGGGAGUGAUGAUUGGCAAUGGAGCAACAAUGGUGACCCACCUACAAUUUGCAGACGAUACUAUCUUCUUCGGAGAGGCAACCGAAGACAACAUAAGGGUGAUUAAAAGCAUCAUGAGAAUCUUUGAAAUGGCGUCAGGAUUGAAAAUCAACUUCGGAAAGAGCCAACUAAUGGGCGUGGAAGUUGACUCUGAUUGGAAAGUCAGAAUGGCUUGCAUUUUAUACUGCAAAGAAGGAAAACUUCCAUUCAAAUACUUGGGAGUCCCGGUUGGGGGGAAUCAUAGAAGAUUAGCAAUGUGGCAGCCUCUGCUAACAUCUUUUAGAAAGAAGCUUUCUAGCUGGAAAGGAAAACAUCUCUCUAUCGGAGGCCGGAUCAUGCUCAUAAAUUCUGUACUGUCCAGUCUGCCCGUUUUCCUGAUGUCAAUAUACAAAAUCCCCACAGGUAUUCUCAAAUCCAUUGAUAAAAUUCGCAGGAACUUUUUAUGGGGGGGAGAAGGAGAGGGUAGGAAAAUAAAUUGGGUGAGUUGGGAGAGGGUCUGUAAAAAGAAAGAGUGGGGCGGCUUAGGGGUGAAGGACAUGAGGAGAUUUAAUUUAGCUCUCAUGGGAAAAUGGUGGGGUCGUCUCGCAUCCAAGGAUGAGGGGUUGUGGAGAAGGGUAAUUGAAGGAAAAUAUAGUGAGGGAAGAGGUAAUUGGAUGGAUUGGGUAAGAGAUGGUAGAGGAAUGGGUUCUCUAUGGUGGAGGGACGUGUGCAACCUCAAUAAUAGAGAUGGAGAGAAUGUAGGAUGGCUUGAAGAGGGUUUUAGAUUAAGGAUAGGAGAAGGUAAAAGAGUGAGUUUUUGGUGGGAUGAUUGGUGUGGGGAGGGCUGUCUUGCUAACUUUUUUCCUAGACUAUACCUUCUGUCAACAGGAAAAGACAAAGAAUGUUACCAAAUGGGUAAUACUCAAGAUGGUUCAUGGCAAUGGAAUCUUACAUGGAGAAGAACCUUGUUUGAGUGGGAAAAAGAAGAGUCUAUGAAACUGCAGGGGAUAAUUGACAAUGUGAAGAUCACACCUGGAUGCCCUGACAAAUGGCAAUGGAUCCACAGCAGUGAUGGUCACUACUCAACAAAAUUGGCUUAUUUGAUAUUAACAAAAGAAAAAUCCGGAUCGAUGGAGGCAAAAAUGUCAAAGAAAAUCUGGAAUCCCAUGCUCCCAACCAAGAUAGCUGCCUUCAAUUGGAGAGUAAUUCUGGACAGAAUCCCUACCAAAAUUAAUCUUCAUAACAGAGGAGUUAUCAAGAACAUGGAAGAGGCAAAAUGCAGCAUAUGUGGGGAGUAUGAGGACGCCACCCAUUUAUUCCUAAAUUGCAAAUUAAGCAAAUGGCUUUGGAAAUCUUGCAGUAGAUGGUGGGGGACCACGGUAGCUUUGAAGGAAGACUGCUGCAGCACCUUUGAUCAAUUCGGGAAUGAGUUUAAAGACCCACACAUUGCAGAAGGCUGGGAUUGCAUCUGGAAUUCUGUCAUUUGGACUAUAUGGAUGGCUAGGAAUCGCAAAAUUUUCCAGGAAUCAGAAAUUAAUAGGGAUCAGCUGCUAGAUUUUAUUCAACUGAGAUCAUUUGCAUGGAUUAAGGCAAAAAAACCCAGGUGCUACUUUUCUCUUUCAGAUUGGUUAAUUAAUCCUUCAGCAUGCAUUGGAAAGGCUGUUACAUUCAUUGUCGGUUCCCUUGUCAGUUGGCGCACCUUGGCUCUAAUAGGAAUUAUGCCAUGUCUCCUACAGCUGCUAGGGCUAGCUUUCAUUCCAGAAUCUCCCAGAUGGUUGGCCAAAACCGGUCGAAUGGAAGAGUUUGAAGCUACUCUGCAGCAACUAAGGGGCAGGCAUGCUGAUAUUUCUCAAGAGGCAGAGGAUAUCAAAGAAUACACAGAAUAUCUUCAGAGGAUUUCAAAUGAUGGAAUUCGAAACUUGUUCCAACAGAAAUAUGUUUAUUCAGUCAUUGUUGGCGUUGGGCUGAUGGUUUUCCAACAAUUUGGAGGACUCAGUGCUUUUUCCUUUUAUGCAACUAUGAUUUUUGAAUCAGCUGGUAAAUUAAUCAACUACUGUAAUAUCCUCAUUUAAUCAGCUAAAGGUAGACAGAAAUGUGGAUUGAUGGUACUAAUAUUCAACUACCAUUCAUGGUUUUGCUAGGUUUUCCAAGCAAGGCUGGUACUAUUGCAGCAGCUGUUGUACAGGAUCUCCACUCUGGAAAAGAGCUUGUCGCUUUCUUGGUUCUUGUCGGUGUACUGGUAUUCUUGGGUAGUUUUGAACUCGCCAUGGGAGGGAUACCGUGGGUUAUAAUGUCAGAGGUGAGGUUCCAUUGUUUUCUUUUCUCAUUAUAUUUCUUCCUCUUUUACUUUGUAAGUUCACUUUACUCAGUCUUUCUGACUCUGGUGUAAACUCAUAAAAGAAUGCAUAUCCUAAACAUGCUAAUUCCAUGGCUUUUUAUGUUAGAUAUUUUCAAUUAACAUAAAGGUUUCAGCUGGAAGCCUUGUUACCUUAGUGAGCUGGUUUGGUUCUUUGGCAAUUGCCUACACCUUUACCUUUCUAUUUGAGUGGAGCUCAGUAGGGACAUUUUUCGUAUUUGCUGGCAUCUGUGCGGCUGGAACUUUGUUCAUUGCAAAGCUUGUACCAGAGACUAAAGGACGCACGCUAGAAGAAAUACAAAAAUCCGUCACUAGCCGGCAGUAGUCUGUAAUAGAGAAUUCUGAGAACUCAUUACUGUUAAAUGAAAUAAAAUGUUGUAUCUACCCUGCUGUAUUUCUAUUGAAAUUUUUAUAUAAUUAUAUAAGUUGAUUGAAUCCCUUGAUUUCGUUUCUUACUAAAGAAUCUCGUCCGCCCAUCAUUGACUACUUCCUGCCGGCUCUCUAUCUCCGACCUCCUCGCCUCGAUCCUUUCUCUCUCGGCGCUCCGAUUUGGCGUAAAAUUUUCUGUUUCUUAUUUCAUGAUUGCUUUCUGAGUUCUGUUUUUCAUUGCUUUUGG